AUGAAAACAUUAUUUGGAGUAUGCGACGAUGAUUGUACCAAAGAAACUAAUAAUAAUAUUGAAAAAUUGAAACCCAGCAAUGAAAAUAUGUUACAUAUCUUAAAGAGUCAAACCACUGUAGUCAAAUCGGUAGUACAAGGAAUAGGAAACACAUCCACUGAAAUGAAUACAUUAUAUGAGGAACUAGUAAACAAACAGGGUGAAAUCUAUAAGAAACUAAAAACAGCAGAAAAUCAUACAUACACUAUCGAAACAAUGAUGCUCAGUGACAGAAUACAUAACAUUUUCACUGCAUUAAUCACACAAUUUUCAUACGAAACCACGACUAUAAGUGCCAUAAUAACAGCCGCCAGAACAGGAAUAUUACACCCAAGUCUAGUAACCUCUAGGGAACUGGCUAAACAGCUAACUCAAUCAAAUUAA